CAGGAAGCUGCAGCAGCGCAGUCAGUGGUGCCUCCCCCUAUUCUUCCUCUCCACUCCUCCUCUCCAGCUGCUGCUACAGUGCAGCCAGCCGUCCAGCGAGUGCAGCUCUCCACAGGCUGCAGCAGUCGGUCGUCCAGAGACACAUCACAGAUCACAGCCACCAACAGCAGUAGGGAAGGGGAGACACUAGCGCACGGAGCCCAGCCAGCAACACACACACAGACACACACAGACACACAGACACACACACACACACAGACACACACACACACACACACACACACACACACACACACACACACACACACACACACACAGAGGCAGACACUCCUCCUCUCCCACCACACUAUUCCGCGUGGCGCCUUCACUCAUUUGCUUGUUCACUCGCUCUCUCGCUCGCUCCGGUCUUCUCCCUCCCUCGCUCCUCUCCCUCGCUCCUCUCUGCUCUGCCUGAGAAUGGUCCAGCCGGUGCCUGGGGCUCUGCUGUCACGGCCUGUCUGAACACACACAGACAUACACACUCAACAGACACACGGAUGCACGCGCACAAACCCAACAGCGAUGUGAGAGAGGAAGUGCCUUCCCUGACGUCUACUGCAGCUUCCAUCCGCUUCUAAAGCCAAAGCUCCGCCCCCCCCCACCCCACUUUGCCUCGCUUGCUGCCACGGUAACGCGAGCACAAGGACACCAACCACACACGUCAUCCCGGCCCACGCCUAGAACUCACGCCCAGACCUGCACCCUCCUUCAGCUCCAGCCUCCAGUCCUCCCAUACCACUGCUCCAGCUCCAGCCUCCAGCCCUAUCAUCACCAGGCCUCCAGCCCUAUCAUCACCAGGCCUCCAGCCCUAUCAUCACCAGGCCUCCCAUACCACUGCUCCAGCUCCAGCCUCCAGCCCAUCAUCACCAGGCCUCCAGCCCUAUCAUCACCAGGCCUCCAGCCCUAUCAUCACCAGGCCUCCAGCCCUAUCAUCACCAGGCCUCCAGCCCUAUCAUCACCAGGCCUCCAGCCCCAAGCCUCCACCAGCCCGCCCAUACCACGCUACCCCACAAAGCCUCUCUCCUUUUGGGGCGAGCCUCUCAAUCAGUCUCCUCCGUUUCUCUGAUCUCCAUAGAUUUACAUUCAGUCACAGCCUGCAGCACUACUGUAUCCAGAAGAGCAGGAUCUGAAGUCUGGCAGUUGGAUUGUUGGUGAGAGACAAGUUGAGACAGACAGAGAGGGGUAGAGAAAUUCUCAGUCGGGAUUAUUGGCUGUUGAGUGUGUUCUCGAUGCUCUAAGGAAAGGGAAUGUCCCAAUAAACAUUGUUACAAUACAUUUCACCUAUCGCCUCGACACGUUUGUUGGAAUCUUUCGGAGAAUAAGGAAGAGGAGAUUUACUGUCCAACCAAAGGACACACACACACACACACGUCACGCUUUAGCCCCGAUUCGGCCGGAUCACUAUUAUUUUCCUGGACUGUCUCGGUCACCAUGGCACACAUGAGCAUGGCACACAUGCGCGACACUAAGUGGCUGACGCUGGAGGUGUGUCGUGAGUUCCAGAGAGGCACGUGCUCGCGCUCCGACCAGGAGUGUAAGUUCGCCCACCCGGCCAAGAGCUGCCAGGUGGAAAACGGCCGAGUCAUCGCCUGCUUCGACUCGCUCAAGGGCCGUUGUUCCAGGGAGAAUUGUAAGUACCUCCAUCCUCCUGGUCACCUGAAGACCCAGCUGGAGAUCAACGGUAGGAACAAUCUGAUCCAGCAGAAGAACAUGGCCAUGUUGGCCCAGCAGAUGCAGCUCGCCAACGCCAUGAUGCCUGGCACACAGCUUCAGCCUAUGGUGAAUCUCUAUGACCUGGUCCAAGACAGCAACAGGUUCAGCUUACAUCAACCUAUGUUCCCCAUGGCGCCAGGCCUGGCCACCAAUGCCAGCGCUGCGGCUUUCAACCCGUACCUGGGCCCGGUGUCACCCGGACUGAUGCAGCCAGAGAUCAUGCCCAGUCCACAGGUCCUCAUGGCUGGCCACCCCAACCACGGACAGGUCCCCAACGCUGCUGCCGCUGCUGCACAGAAACUCAUGAGGACAGACAGGCUGGAGGUGUGUCGUGAGUACCAGCGUGGCAACUGCUCCCGGGGGGAGAACGACUGUCGCUUCUCCCACCCCUCCGACAGCACCAUGAUAGACACCAACGACAACACGGUCACCGUGUGUAUGGACUACAUCAAGGGCCGCUGCUCCAGGGAGAAGUGCAAGUACUUCCACCCUCCGGCCCACCUGCAGGCCAAGAUCAAGGCCGCCCAGCACCAGGUCAACCAGGCCACCGCCGCUGCAGCCAUGACUCAGUCGGCUGUCAAAUCACUGAAGCGACCCCUCGACGCAACCUUUGACCUGGGGAUCCCCCACAAUGUCAUGCCUCCCAUGCCCAAGCGGGCAGCCCUGGAGAAGGCUAACGGGUCUUCUGCCAUGUUCAACACUGGCAUGCUCCAGUACCAACAGGCCCUAGCCAACAUGCAGUUUCAGCAGCAGGCUGCCUUCCUCCCCUCAGGCUCAAUAUUCUGCAUGACCCCCACCACCGGUGUUGUACCCAUGAUGCACGGUGGUACGCCAGCAUCUGCAGCCACCACAUCUGCCACAAGCGUUCCCUUCGCAACCACCUCAGCCAAUCAGGACUCUUCCUUAUCAAAGUUGACUACCAAUGAGUACAUGCAAUUGAUUCCAAUCAUUUCUGCCGAUCAUCUGAGUAACCACAAGUAUCUGACUCAAAUGUAGUCAA